GACAGGAGGAAUGUGGAAUAUAGUUAAGCUUAACCAGUCCCAGUGAAUUUCAAAUGUGUAGGGUGUCCAAGCAUCAUGAAUCUCUGUCCUUUGCAACACAUGGAUGGAAUUUUCAACCAUAUUUCAAAAGCCUCAAGAACAUUUCAACCACAUGCUAGUUUUUUUAAACAAUCAGUUAAUGUCAAAUAAAUUAGCUUCUCUAUUCAAAGUUAGUUAGUCUUAAUCAGAAAAACUUAUUGAAUAGCCAAUUUAAGUUGUGCUGUGUAGAUAAACAGGCAAUGUAUCAAUUAUGACUGGAAAAUAUCACUUUUAACAAGUUUGCUAAGGUAUUACCCUCUGGGAUCUCGGUCCCAUGAGUAUCAUUUGGUUACCUCUGUUUCUGAAACACCCUGCUCCACUUUACCUACACUCCUUUUCCUCCCAACCAUCUAAACAUUAGUUAUGGUACUAGAACCAGGUACUUCAAAUCUUAAGUCAGAUGCAUAAAACUUAUUUCCUACAUGAAAGCUUUGGACAGAUGCAAACAUUUAACUUACUUUAAGUCUAAUACCUCAGAUGUAUAUCGUAUUAUGGAUAAGCUUUAACAUAUCACUAUAUUUAUAACAUCCUAAGAGAUAAUACUUAACCUUAAGUUAGUAAGCUUAUUGGUUUCUUAAAACUGUGAACUGUUAAUAAGGUUAAAAAUAGAGUUACAUUUUGAAACAGACCUAAAUGGAAGUUUACACAAGAAAAAAUCCUUUUUUGUCCGAAGCUGUGAGUCCUUGGCUAUUGCAUUAGCAUGUGUCUAGCUUUUGUUACUUCAAUUUAAUAUGACUCAAUUUUCAAAAAAUACUAAGGUUUUACAAGGACAAUCAAUAAAUUAUAAUAAGUGAAUGAAUUGAAAAUGAAAGUAUUGUCUAAAAAAAAUUAAAUAUGAUUUUAAAGAUUGAUGUUAACUUUAAAAGCAUAAAUACUGAAACAUUUUGUUUAAAUAUAGCAAUGCAACAUAAAUUAUGAUGUAGGCCCAACUUACAAAUAUUUUAAAUAAUUGACCACCGCUCUGGGUAACAGUAACAAAAUAAAAUAUUGACCUCAUAUUUCAUAGGCUGUCAUAUGCCUAGUGACCAUGCAAAUAUUAAAUAACACAAGGGGGUAGGGGGUGGUUUAUCAUUUUGUUGCAUAGAGUUAUUUGAGGUGGGGUAAUGGCAAAUAAUGGUAGAGAGCAAUGUUAAUGUUAUAUAACAAUUCUUUUUACCAGUAUUUGUUUUUUUUUUUAUGAAUUCUUGUUUUUUGCAGAAUUAACCUAGAUUAUAUUAUAAUUUCAUUUUUUAUAAAAACUAGAAUGUAUUUUUUGCUUAUAAAUAUUUAGCACAUAUUCAUAUUGUAAAAAAAAAAUCUGGCUUUCCGCGUGUAAUUUGCUUUUUUGGCUUAUUUUUUAAACUUUAUUCAGUUUCAUCAUUAUCAAAGGGUGGGGUGGGGCAUUGCUAAAAAAUGCUAUAUAAUAUUUAUUUAGUCAAUGGAAAUGUUAUGUUAUGAAGGGUAGGGGUGGCUAAAAAAUGUCACAUUUUUGUGUUAUAUAAUAUGUGCACGGCCUCCUAAUGGCUACUCAUAAAUAUUUUUGGUGAUCAAAGCUAAGUAAUACUAACUAAUCUUACACUACUUACAGUCUUACACUUACAAAUUAAUGAAAACAAAAUACAGCACGUAAAUUACUAUAUGUGUUCAUUAAAAUCAGCAAAAUAUUUAUUUUCAACAAUGUCAUUCUUAUUUAUAUUAUUGUAUAAUUUACUGAGUCUAGUUAUGUUUGUAAUUAUUGUGAGUGGCAUGUUACCAUUAGCUGGGUUUGAGAAUUUGAAAGUAAUGAAAGCUACUUAAUUCUAAAACUUAUAAUUAUAUAGGUUAAAACUAAUAAAAACAAAUUAGUUGUAUUAAGUUGAAAGAUCUUACACAAAAAAUUUUAACCAGCAAAUCUUCUGAAGUGUAUUCCACACCACUGUAUCAUCUAAGUAUCUUCACGUAAUAUCUGUGCCAUGGUCACGUUGCGUUUUCAUGUUAUCAUCUUUCUUUGUUACAUUUAUCGCAUGUCGGAAAUAUUCCAAAUGCAGAAUUUUACGGUGCACUUGCGAAAUAACCGUGUCUCUUCAGUUCAUGGAUGGAAUAUGAGUAUAUAACGAAUGUAGUUUUACAUACUCUAUCACAGUAAUGAAUAUUUAUUCAUGGCACCAAUUAAUAACUGUGGUAGCGUAGCCGUGGGGGCUAACUUAAAUGGCGGCAACGUACUCUAUUUUUAGUAAUUUUAACCUCAUCUUAGUUAUUACUUUAAUAUUUACUUGUCAAGAUGGGAAAGAAAGACAGAUAGUAAAAAAAAAAAAAGCAAUAAAUAUACUUUUUUAAAUUAUAAAUAUUAAUACUAUUUAAAUCGAAACCAUAAUUAACUUUUUUUUUAGUAGCGUAGCCGUGGGGGCUAAAUUAAAUGGCGGCAACGUACUUUAUUUUUAGUAAUUUUAACCUCAUCUUAGUUAUUACUUUAAUAUUUACUUGUCAAGAUGGGAAAGAAAGACAGAUAGUAAAAAAAAAAAAGCAAUAAAUAUACUUUUUUAAAUUAUAAAUAUUAAUACUAUUUAAAUCGAAACCAUAAUUAACUUUUUUUUUUUUUAAAUAUCGGUAUCGGUGCUCAAUUAAUUUUGAAUAUAGUUUAGAAAGCAAAGGGAUCCGAGAUUAUUUUUUUUACUAAACUUCCGGUCUAUAGACAGUUUAUACUACAAAUAAUGACAGUUUGGGAGUGAGUUAUAAAGUUGUGAAUUUGAUUGAAUGUAAAAGUGGGUACCUAAAAGUGAUUUGUAAAUCAAAUAUCGUACUAAUAUACACAUGUCUACUUCAUUUUAUAGUACUGGUAAUGGUAUCUAUUACGAUGUAUUUCUUUAAAUAUUCUUAAUUUGUACUAUUAAUUUCUAUUACAGGAGUAAUUUGUGUAAAUAAAAUUUAAAAAAUUAACAUAAUGAAAAAAAAUAAUAAUAAGGGUGACCAAACGUCCCUUAAAAAUGGGAUUGUCCCGUUUUUUCGCGAUCGUACCCGUUGUCUCUCAGGUUGCCUAAUUGUUCCGUUUUUUUUAAAAACCAAACACAUUUUCAAAAUUUAAAUCAAAUCACUAAUAACUUCAAGUAAUUAGCUGUGUAGCCAGUGCCAGUAGUGAUGUAGGUUCGCGUGAUGGCUGCACUGUGCCUCCUCCACCACAGUGUUCCUGCCAUAGAACUUAUAUUAUGUAAAUGUAUGGCGAAAGACACGAGACUUAAAACCGCUGGGGGGGGGGGGGGGGAGUGUGAUGUACUUGCACAGAAGACAAUUUUUAUUCCGGUACCGCUAUGUGUAAUGUGUGAUCAGUGCUGGCCUUUCGUGUCGGAGUGACAGGUGUUUGUUUUGGGUGUUGAACUUUAUUUUUUAAUUGUAUAAUAUCAUCUCACGAAGACAAUAAUUAUCCCCAAGCGUCAAUGUAAGUUUCUAGAAAAGUUUUCCAAAGAGUGAAACUAUAUUAAAAAGGGACGCUACAAAAAUGAAGCCGAGUGCACAGUUUGCAAUAAUAUUAUUAGUAUUAGUAUCGCCCCACCCCCAUAAAAAAAAAAGUCCUUUAAAGUGUCCUGUUUUUUCCUCAUGAUUUGGUCACCUUAAUGUAAAUGUCAAUAAUUUUCAGCUUUAUUACGAUUACGAUGAUUUUACAAAAUACAAAUGUAACUUUUCGUCAAAUGCCUUCAUCAGUACAAAAAAUAAAACAUUUGUAUACAGUAUACCAGUAAUUGUAUACACCAGAUAGUCUGAGAUAGGAUUUAUAUCCACAAUUUUACGUAGCUGCCAUGGAUGUCUUUUUCCUGUUUGGUUUUUAAAUUUUCCACUCACUUCAUUUCCGUUCUUCUUAACUUUGUUUUUGUCUGGGUUUGCACCCACUUUUAUUCUUUUAUAUUUUUUAGGUAGGAUACAUGUAAAUUAGGGUGACCAAACGUCCCAUUAAAACGACAUUGUCCAGUUUUUUCACAAUCAUAUCCGGUGUUCUGAAAAUUAGGCUAAAUGUCCCAUUUCUAUUCCAAACACAUUUUCAAAUCACUAAAACUUCCUAGUUUAUAACAUAACUUCAAGUUGUAUUUUGGCUAGCUGUGUAGCCAGUGCCAGUAGUGAUGUGGGCUUGGGUGAGGUUUGCACUGUUCCCCCUCCACCACUCUGCCGACGCUGCGUAAAUUCAGUGUCCCUGCCCAUAGAUCUUAUAUGUAUAAUGAAAGACACAAGGCUUGAAGCCGGAAAGGGGGGGGGGGGGGCAUAGAGGAGGGGUUCAGACAUAAAACUGUUCCCCCUCCACCACUCUGCCGACGCUGCGUAAAUUCAGGGUCCCUGCCCAUAGAUCUUAUAUGUAUAAUGAAAGACACAAGGCUUGAAGCCGGAAAGGGGGGGGGGGGCAUAGAGGAGGUGUUCAGACAUAAAACAACACAUCACAUCAGUGAAACAUAGGAAAAGACUGAGUGCCCCAAGUAACAGUAUGUCUCAAACAAUUAUUUUAUAAAACAUGAUUCUUGAAGAAAAGAAACUUGGAGCUGCUGAACUAGCUCAGGGCUACUAUACAGUAAAGCACCAUCACAGCUUUAGGUCAAAUGACUGUUUCAACAAGUUUAACAGCAUUAUGUUUAGUGACUUUGCAAUUGCAUUAAAGUUUAGCCCUGCCAGAACAAAGCAAUCAGACCUGAUAAUUGGUGUUUUAGGUCCAUUCAACUUGAAAACUAGCAUUGAAGACUAGCCUUUUUAUGGCAUUUCAACUGAUGCAAGUAAUCUUUCCUUCUGCAGUUCAGUUUUUUGACAUAAAUGAAGUCAGUUACUGAAAGCAGCUUCCUUGCCAUGUGAAACGUCAGAUGAGAUAUCUAGUUUCUGCUUGAACUGUAUUGAUGAAUUCAAGUUUGAUAUAAAAAAAACAGUUGCAUUGCGUUUUGUGGUGAAAAUACCAAAACAAAUUUUGGUGGUUUGAACAGAGUGGGAAAAAAACAAUGUAUUUACAAAAUUAACAACUAAUUUACAUGGUGGUAUUGAAGGUGUGGGUUGUCCUGCACAUGUACUACAUAACUGUAUAUGUGCAGCUACUGAUAGAAAUUAGCUGUGACAUUGAAGGUAUUGUUGUCACUCUCUUCUCUUAUAUUUCUGUAUACAAGGUGGGAACAGAGAGGCUAAAAGAAUUUUGUGAAAUGAUCGACGUCAAAUUUGGCACUAUUUUGGCCUAUUCAAAAAGUCAUUGGCUGUCUUUGAUGACUGCAAUAGAACAAAUUUUAAAGCUCUUUGAUGCGUUAGAGGAUUUCUUUUUAAGCGCCAAAGAUUUGAACAUUUUUAAAUAAUUCUUUAAGUAAGGCAUACCUAUUGGUUUAUCCAUAGCCAACUCUUUUUUUUUUACCAAGAAAUUAAAAAGAUUGAAGGAAGUACAAAAAGUGUUAUGGAAGUCAAUGAUAUAUUGGAAUAUACUCUCAGAGCUUUGACCAGAAGAAAAGAAGAACAGUUUUUAUCAUUUAGUGUAAAAUCCAUUCUUAAACAGGCCAAUAUUAUGCAACAAGAAGAAAUUAACUUAAAAAAUGAAGGUGAGUUUUUAAACCUGCAUACAAUAUCUUAAAAAAUUGAGUGUACCAUUCUCUACCUUAUCAAAAUUCAAAUGGAUGCUUUUGAAGGGCAUCCCCAGUUGGGAGCAAAUUGAAGAAACUAUUUGUUACUUCAACGAAAAAAGUAUUGAAAUAAAUGAUACUUUGCUAUUUGAUCUACUGGCAUGGUUAGCGGAUUUUGUAAGUGAAAAUAUUAAAGACUGGACUGAUAAAUAUACAAAAAACACCUCAAUUUCUUGAAAAGUGGGUUUGUUUUUUCAAAACCCAUAGUAGGCCAGAACAGAUCUCUGAAUUUUUGAAGAUAUUCCAAUAUGUGUUUGCGAUCCCUGCCCAUAAUGGUAAUACUGAAAGAAUCAUUUCGCUUAUGAACAUUCAGUGGACGAAAGAAACAAGAUGAGAGUGGAGAUCCUUUCUACAAUCCUGCAGGUUCUCUACAAUUUCUAAAUGGACUGUUCUAGUUCUUACAACUUUAUAUUAGAUAAGAAGGCUGGGACAACAGCCAAAUAUCCUCAAUUUAAAUCCUUGACUAGAAAAAUUUAAUUUUUUGUGUUAUAUUAUGUUUUAAAAUAUGUAUAAAUGAAUAAGUAUUCAAUGCAAAAUUAUUGUUAUGCCUCAGAAUUUAUAUUAAAUUACAAAAGUCAAGGUAAAUUUAAAAAGAUUUCCAGGUCUCAAAAUAGUUUAAAUGAGCAUAUUUCAAAACAGUUUCAGGCCGAGGCCAUUGGCCCCCUCUUUAGCUGGAGGGUAUCCCCCCCAUACCCUCCUUGGGUUUGUCCAGUUUUUUUACAGUUCAUGAUUUGGUCACCCUAAUGUAAAUAUGUAUUAUUUAAAUUAUAUUUGUACUCAUGAAGAUGAAGGCAUUUGCCGAAACGUUCACUUUGUAUUUUGUAAAAUCAUUAACCCCUUCCUAACAGCUGCGACUAAAUGUGUCAUUUGGGUUUUUUCGGCGGAUGCGUCUGGCCACACCCCCUACUUUUCUUUUCUCCUUAGUUAUAAAAUCACACAUCUUAAUGCUAACCUCGCAUUAGGGAGAUUUAAUUUUAAAAACGGAAGUUUUUAUCUUGUUCCGUUUAUUUUCAAAGCGUGUCUCAAGCUAGUCAAAUCGUAUCGAUGGCAAUGAACAAUUAUUAGAUUAGGGUUCUGAUAUGGAAAUGAAUGAACUGUGUUGAUUCUAAUGACGAUUCUCUACUUGAUAGUCAAUGACUAAUAUUAAUACUAAUACUGGCUUGGAAUGGCCCAUGGACUGUCCAACGUGACGGCAUAAUUUUGGAAUAUGUAGGAUUCUACUUGAUAGCCUACCUAUGGACUUUUUUAAGCUCUAUGUGACAGACAAAUGUGUUGAUGAGUUUGUUAUACACACUAAUUUGUAUUCAGAUCAACAAUUGGCCAACCAGUCUAGCCCUAGGGCAUCUGCCAUAACAUGGACUCCUGUGAGUGCAGAUGACAUCUACAAAUACUUGUAUAUAUGUCAUGUUUGGUCUACAUUAAGUUCCAGAUGUAAGACUAUACUGGACUUCUGAAAAUAUGUGGAGGGUCCCUGCAGUGGCUGAUGUCAUGAACAAAGACCGAUAGCAGAUGAUUCAUCAUUGUUUUCACGUUAAUUACAGCUCACUUCAAUCUGCCAAGGACAGCCAAAAUGUUGAUCCCAUGUACAAGUACAAGGUGAGGCUCUUCUGGGCCACAUAAGACCUAAAUGCUUGUCACUAUGCAAGCCUCAAAGACAACUGAGUAUUGAUGAAACUAUGGUCGGAUUGAAGGGAAGACUCGCUUUAAGCAACAUAUGAAGGAUAAGCCGACUCCUUGAUGCUUGAAAAUUUGGUGCUGUGCCAAGACUGGGUACAUUUUAAACUUUUAAGUGUGCACUGGUAAAAGUGAGGUGGGCUCUAGCAUUGGAUUGGGCUAUGAUGUCAUCAUGGCAAUGGCCAAUCCCUUUUUGGACAAAAGGCACAAGCUUUUUUUUUGACAAUUUUUUUUCUUCGCCCAAGCUGGCAGAAGACCUAUUUGCCAGUGACACCUAUUGUUGUGCAACAAUUAGGCCCAACCUCAAAGGCUGGCCUCUUUAAAAAAUCAAAACAAAAAAAAGGUGACUACAUGAUGCAGCAAAAGGGAUUACUUGUUGCCUGCCAGUGGACAGAUAAACGCCAAGGGAAUAUGAUUUCCACAAAUUCAUAUACUGAGAUAACUGUUGAGAGGAAAUCCAAAGACGGGAUAAUUCAAGUUGAAAUCCCCUGCAGUGUUGAUUUAGGAGACCAGCACUGGUGGUUACUAUCCUGUUGGAAGUGAAGCCAUAAGUGGUGGAAAUAUCUCUUCUGGUACCGGAUAUUUAAUCCAAAUAUCAGUAGUCAAUAGCUAUCUACUGAUGAAGUGGGGGAAACCUGAUUACCCUCUUAGUAAGUGCCAACUUAAGCUGGCUCAAUAGUUGCUAAAUUUAGAGACAAGAGUCAUCCCAUCAAGCACUUCUUGUCUGAACAUGUCAAGUAUUGCCGGAAUUGCAAGACCCUUCAGCCCCAAGCAUAGGCUGUCAACAAUGCCUGGCAGAAAGCAUAGAUGUUGCCAGUGUGCCAUGGUAGGAGCAAAAAUGCCCAGCGGCAGGACAAGGGAAACCGCCAAAGGCUGCUAAUUGUCCAGCAUUUGCAUGCCGGACAAUGCUAAUGACAGCCUAAAAUAAAAUUUAAGUGAUGUUAAAGUUGUAUUAAAUGUACGAAAAAAGCACUCAAAGUGCCAUUUAUUAUAUUUUUAUUUAUGUCGUCAUUUGGUCUUGUUGGAUCAGUAAUGUUAUAUUUUUCUGAAAGCUUAUCCAUUUCUGAAUGCAAUGAGUUUUUUUUAAAAAUUGAUUAAUAUUUAGGUACUAAAAACGGGUUUAUCAAAAAUAUUUAUGGUAUGGUAUGAAAAUCAGAGUAGCUGCCUUGUCCAGGAAAAUGUAUAUAAACAGGAAGUAUAAGUGAGUGCUCAAGAGUGAAUGAGUCAAAGCUGAACAUACAUUGUUUUAUUUAUGGUACACAAAUUGUUUGUGUUUAUUUAAUCUACUUAAUUUUUACUCCAUACUUUGACAUACAUGUAUGGCAUGAUGAGUAUGAGUCAGUGAAUAAAGCAAAGUCCUUAAAUUACCUUUUUUUUAAUAAAAAAGGAAUGAACACAACAGUGACAACUGUAAUAAUAUUAUUAUGUGCAUAUAAUUCAAUACAAAUUAUAAUUCCAGUAUCAAUAAACUUAAUUUCAAUAAUCCAAAGUUUGACUCAUAUUCAAAGUAAAGGAUCUGGAGGGGUCUCCGCAGAUGUUAAUGUGGCUCUGCAGUCAAGCUGCUACCUUUGAAGAGAGGUCUACAUGUCUACAGUCCUUAUAGUAUUGAGCCUCAUGAGAGGGCCUUGAUAACUAGUUUUCAGGGAAUGCUGUAGUCAAGUUGUAAAUUAAUCAAAUAUGUAGAGAUGGAUUCCAUUCUAAAUAACGCCCCAUGGACAUAUAUGAGGAACAGUGUUAAACACCCACUUCCUAAAGUCUGUCUGAUUUUGAUUAAAUAACUCUUUGAAAAGGGAAAAAACAUUGGUACUGAUAUACCUUUUUACUUAAUGUGUCUACUGGUCUAAUUUUUUUAUAUCUCUUAAUGUGUUAUGCCUAAGACAUAUUAAAAUAUUUUCUACCGAUAUAGAAACUAUCAUACCCUACCUUAAAAUAAAUUUAUAUUACAAGUAACUAUAAUUUCAGACUCCAUGUUGACAUAAAUAAAUUAUCACUCAAUAAAACUAUUUUGAAUGUAAUUGAUAUCUGCUGGAUACAACAAUACAAUAUAAAAAUUAUAAUACAGGAUUUUGGUUAUCUGUUUAAUAAAUAUAUUACAGGUACCUGUAUAUACAAUUUAUGAAUUAAGUUUUACUAAACCAUGUAAGAACUCGUCCAAAAAUGAAAUUUUAUUUCAGAUUUGUGAUGACUUGCUGUUGUUGUGAUAUAACUAUGAUUGUAUUGAUUGCACAUUAAAGCAAAUAUGUUAAUCCCCAGAUAAUAUGGAACCUACACCAUUUCCUGAUCUUGUGAUUGCUGACUUUAAGUGUUUAGAUUCACCUGCUCCAAGAACUCAAUGUGUGAAAUGUGGAAAAUCUAGGAAGUAUUAUUGUUAUAAUUGUUUUCUUCCUCUCCCCCAUCUUCAUGAAAGUUUGCCAAAAGUCAAGGUAGGGAUAAUAAUAAUCUGAGACUUACACUGGAGUAAUAUUGAAUACCCCGUACAUACUGGUACCAGGAUCACUAUACUUGCUAAUGCAGCAAUUAUCAAUUAUUAUUAUCAUCAUACACCUUUAAAUUUUACUUUAUCAUUGUACUGUAACUGUGAUUAAACUGUGUUUAUAUUUAUAAAACUUUAAUUAUCUUUUAAUUAUUAAAUUUACUCAAAUAGCUUCCACUGAAAGUGGAUAUUAUAAAACAUCCUAAUGAAAUAGAUGGUAAAAGCACUGCACCACAUGCAGCAAUACUUGCUCCAGAUGAUGUCACAAUUUAUACCUAUCCUUGUAUACCAGACUAUGAGUCACAAGACGUAAGUAGUUUUAAUUUUUAGUUACGGUUAUCUCUAAUAUUUAUAUUAGAACAAAAAAAAUGAAUGCUUUACCUAUGUAAGAAAUGUAAUUGUAAUGUUGAAAAAAAUUGUAGAAUUGCAAUCACGUUUUAGAAAGAAAUGUCACAUCAGAAGAAUGGAUGUUGUAUUUUGUGAAAGUAUAGGAUUUUUUUCAGUCACUUAUAGAUACAUUUUGUACUUUGCAAAGGUUGUACUGGUGUUUCCAUGUGAAGACUCUAUUACUCUAGAAGAUAUGGCAGCCAGUUUUGACAAAAAAUCAAAUGCCAUUAUAACAAGUACCUUAUCUGAUUCAAAUGGGUUUACAGAACAAAAGUGGAUUGAGAAUGAAAAUAAAGAGGGUAAAGCAACAGUUAUACUAGAUAAAGCCCCAGGUGAAAGUCUAUUAAUAAGUGAUUCAGUUGGCGGUUUAUCUGAUGCUAAGGAAGAAACUACAGCUUCACUGAAUUUUGGAGUUGAUAACUCUGUCCAAAGUCAACCCCAAAAACGAAGUUUAUGGGAGUCAUCUUGCCUUGACGAAGCAAAUCCCUCUGAGCCUCCAUUGAAGCUAAUAAAAAGUACUGGUACCCAUUUUCUACCAUUUGACAGAGUUGUAUUUGUUGAUUCCACUUGGAACCAGACACAUAAUAUUAUAAAUGAUGAACGCCUAAAAAGUAAGUACUUUUUUUUUUAGCUUAUCCUGUAAGCUGAAUUGCUUUUAAUAUAUUUAAAGAGCAUUACCGGUACUAUAAGCGCUCACACCCAGUUCAUUACCGGAUAUUUCCUACACAAAUUUUUUUAAAAAUUGAAAUUUUUUUCACAUUGCUUUUCAGAGCGCUCAACUCUUAAAUUUUUUUUCAGAUCUGAAAAGAGUGGAACUUCGUUCUCGAAAUACACAUUUUUGGCGCUGUCAGGAUGGAAAACCUAAAACAUAUUUAUCAACUAUUGAGGCCAUUUAUUAUUUCAUAAAAGACUUCCACACAAUUUUUAUUAAUUCAGAAUACAACCAUGAAUAUGAUAAUCUUUUAUUUUUCUUCAGUUUUAUGUAUCAGAAAAUUCGCAAGAACUCAGGAGGAAAUCAUCUUAAAGCAUACCAGAGAUGAGUUUUAUGUUUUUGAAUUGGCUUCAGAUUAUGAGUGACACUCAUUUUUGUAACAGUCUGAGACAGCUCUGAGCUUACAUAAGCAUUCUGACAUCUUUUCCAGCACAAUGUAAAUUAUAUCCAUUCAGGGAUCUUGUGAAUCAAAUUUUGAUAAUUGUACAAAUUUUUCAAAUCUUGAUUAGUAUUAGUAGUAAUAGUAGGGUAGGGGUAUUGUUUCAUUUAGGCCUUUUACAAAAAUUUCAAUACCAAGUUUUAGGACUUCAAAUCACUACUACAAUUAUUUUUUAUUUUUACGGGUACAGUUAACACUUUCAACGUUAACAUAAGUACGGUACUGAUAGUAUAAAACUUGUAAAACAGGUUUACAUUUUUAAUUAACAAGACAAAAUUCCUGAUGUUUCUUUAUUUUCAUUUUUAAAAGUCAAUAAAAAUUUCAUAACAAAAGUACAUGUGUCAUUUCUUUGUCCAUAAACAAAUACCACAAUUACCAUUACUAGAACAUUAAUUUCAUUUAUUUUCUUUUUUUUUUGUGGCAAAAUGUUUUUAAGUGAAUGUGCUUUCUAAAUAAAUACUGGUUUCCGUUUACCAUACCAGUUCAGGAAAGAGGUCUUACAAAACAUAAUUGGUUAAAAUUUUAUUUUCAGAAAUUAUUUUCUAAAGAAAUAGAGUAUAGAGGUACGGUUUGGGUACCUAUAAAAGACAUACAGGUGCAAAAAGUGACCAUUAUGAUUAGUACAUACAAAUACCAUGCUUAACACUAUAAUUGCCAAAUUAUCAGAAUUGCCAUACUGGUAAAGUUUCAAACUACUUACUUGUACCAAAAAUAAAAGAAAGUCAAUAAGGUAAUUUUACAAGAAAAUUUGUUAAAGUUAAAAACAAAAAUACCACCUGAACAUUCAUUAUCAGAUAAUUUGAUUGACAAUAUGUGUGCUAUAUAGGAUUCGGUAUUAGAUGAAAUCCAUGCACUAUUAUUACUACCCGGUAAUAGUACCUGUACAAAAUUAUUUUUUUUUUCAUCAUUCUCUAUGAACAAAAUACCGAGUACUGGCACAAAAAAUAAAAACAAAUAAGAAAACAUUUAAACAAUUUCAUAUAUUUGUGUAUGGUACUAUGAAUCAUGAAGUUAAGUAAUGAUUUUGUUGGAUUACACAAUGUUUUGCUUUUGGGUGUCAAAAAGGGUGGGGGGGGGGUGUGAUUUGACAAAUUAGCGCUAAUAAAUUUUCCAGGUGAAUUUGUACACAUUACUGUCAAUCCUAAAAGUUAGAAGGAAAAAAACAACAUUUCAUAAUAGUUGCCCCACCAAUCCACCUGAGAAGUUAUGUUUAUUCGCUCCAAAAGGAUAAGGACAGUUUCACAAAAUAGGUAAUAUAAAUUAUAAAAUUUCGACUUUUCUUGCACAUUUCAUUGUUACUCACCAAUCGAACAUGGUAUAUUAUCAUUUUAUUUUAUUUUUCAAAUGAAAAUGGCAUGGCUAUGGAAAUAUGAUUAACGGUACACUACAUAGACUUAGUAAUAAUACUUUAAAAGAGUAAUAAUAUUUUGGGGUAAAAUGUAGUUGUUGAUUUGCAUGAAGUGGAUGUUUGUUUUUACAAACAUAACAUUGUGGUGGCCCAUGAAUAUAUCUAAAAUACAGGUACCCAGUUUCUAAACUAAAAAUGUACCAUACAAAAAGAACAAUGGAUUGAACAAACUAAUCACAAAGUUAUGGGAAUUGAAUGAAGACCUUUAAAUACCAUACCAGCAUAUUUUAUAAAGUAAGUAGGGACAAAAAUUCAAAACCUAGAUCAGCAGUUUUCAGCUAGUUGCAAAAAGUUUACAGGAGUGUAGAAAUAUUUUUUUAAAAAAAAGGAAUAAACAUCAUAUUCAUAUCAGAGUACUGGUAUAAUUAUUAAUAGUCUAUAAUUAUUAAUAUAGUCGUGUAAAUUUUAUCUACAAACUAUUUGGGUUACUCAAUCUUCAUAUUAACUUAUUUAUAAUUUGUGUUGCUCCUGCAACUCACUGAAACUUUUUUUUCUUCAUAAAUGGAAUGGUGUGUCAUAGAAUUGUAGUACCGGUAAUUAACUUUCCAUGUAAUUGUAUAAAGCAUUGAAGGAUUAAACAUUGUUACUCUAUUAAUGAUAUGGAGUAAAAAGAUUUUUUACUUUUACAAUCUGAAAAACAUUUUUUAAAGAUAAACUUUACAAAAUAUGGUACUGAUAUUGCCCUAGAUGUUAAAAAUAUAUGAUAAAGAUAGAAUCCUAAUCAAAUAUUAAAAAAACAGAGAUCUAAUCCGAAUCAAAAUCGGAAAGAGCAAAUUCUUCAACAAUAUCAUUUUCAUCAUCUUUGUCAACUAAAUUAUCCUUUCUAAAUGCUUUUGACAUUUCUUUUUUCUCUCCAUCUAAUGGCUUCAAUAUUUGAACUCCUAAAUUUUCUUUUUCAUCAACUGUGCCGCUUUUUUCAUCCAUUUCAACGUCAUCGUCUUCUCCACCACUACUUGCAGACUGAGCAAGCUGUUCAAGUUCAUCAUCAUCAAAAUCACUAUAGUCAUCACUAUUAGAUUCAGAGUCAUCAUGCUUUCGUUUGGUUGACGUACGAUCUGGUCUCUCUUCCUUCAGGAGAAACCUUGUUUCAUCCUCUGAGUCAGAAUCAUUUUCAAAAAGUUUAGCAAACUCUUCUCUUUCAACUGGUGUCGCCAUAGGUCUUUUCUUUCUGUUAAUUGUAGGUAUGUCAAUAGCAGCACCUGAAAUGGCUUCUUUAUUAGAUAGUUCAUGCUGCAGCUCACGGUCACGUAAUUUUCGCCACGAUGUGUAAAACUUUCUUAAAGGUGUCCCUGUUUCUGUUAAUUGAUUUUCCCAGAUAGCAACAGACUGUUGAUCAUCUAAACCUAGAUUUGCACUCCUCCUCUUUUCUGAAAUGAAUUUAGAUUGUUCUUGAAUUUUGUCAACUAUUUGCUUUAUUUGCUUACAAUAAUUAGCUAUCUUGCAUUUCUUCAAAAACAGUUUGAGUUGUAUUACAGAUGGGAUUAUCAUUUCUGGGAAACUGAUUGAGUGAGCUUGAGUAUUAAAGCUCUCUAACAUAUGUUCAUAAAUUUGGUCUAUGAGUCCAUCUUUGAAUGCUUUUUCAUGUAUUUGCGACUUGGAAAAUUUUAGAAUCACUGCAAAAUUAAAAGGUUUCAGGCUGACAGUCUUGUGUUUUUUGUUAAAAUCUGUUUGUUCAAAUAUUUCUAAAAGAAAUGGCAAAGUUGGUAUAAAUGUUUUAGUUUUAUAUGAAAGCUUAUUCAGUAAUUGAACACAGUGAAAUCUAAGUGGGUAAAAUCUUGCAGUUGGUAGCAGCUUAAUAGUACCAAUGAUUGUCUGGGUUAAAGGGUAAAUCAAAGGUUGCAGAAUAUCACUUGGAUGUGUUGUUGUUAGAAGCUGCACCCACAGUUCUAAACAGUGAAUGUACUGCCAGUUGUAUACAGCUUGACAUGUAUUUUUCUUUUUCACCGAAAUGGCAUUUCUCAAAUGUAUGGCCAACUGACGAAUAUAAACAAAGGCAUACUGAUAUCCAACAGUUUGAUCAAUUGUAAAUAUUUCCACCAAUGAUUUUUGCAUGAAAUUUAUUUGAGGCAAAGUAGUUGGAGAUGUAAACUUACAGUUGCUUACAUAGGCCAUGUACAUUUGUUUUAAAGUUGACUCCAGGACACUAUCCUGCCUAAGGCGAACAAGUUUAUUGAUGCAAAGAAAUGCUAAGACUCUACUUGUCUCUUCGCCAGUAGUCCACAUGUUGAUCAUUCUCUUCAGUAAUAGUUUUGUAAUUUUAGGAAAAUUUGCAUAAAAAAUUAUCAGUUUAUGAACCUGUUUUAAUAUUGCAUUCACCAUUGCAGCUUCUGAAAGUUGUUUCAAAAGCUCAAGUAAUGCUACAAUAUAAGACUUCACCAAAACUUUCAACUUUCUCCACCUCCCUGAUUUUUCUGAGAGAUUUCGUACCUCCGACAAUGUUGGCAACUGUAACAUUGUCUGAAGAGCAGGAACAAUCUGUGUUAAGCACAAUCUCACAAUACUAUUGAACACAGAUCCUCCCUCAACUUUGUAUUUUGUUUGAAUCUCAUCAGAACCACCAGCCUCUUGGACAGCUGAAUGAAAUGCAGAAACUACCUCUCGCAGUACAGAUAAGGAUGGUGCCGAUUGCAUUUCUCGUGUCCAUUUUUCAAUUGUUUUGUGAUUCAAAAUGAUGCCACCUUUUUUAAUUGCCUUUUCUGGAAUUUCUUCUCCCUCGUCGUCAGUGCUAGCAUCACUUGCAACUUCUAGUUUCUCUGGGAGUUCAUGAACAACAUCUGAAUCAGACUCCUCUCCACUUGACAUAUUUAGCAGCUCCUUUUCAAAUUCAUCUUUUUCUGCCUUUUUCCGAUUAUUAGAUGUAUGCUCAUCUUCCUCUUCAGUGUCUAAACUAUCAUCAUUACAAUCUGAGUCUGAUAAAUCUUCAAGAUUUUCAAGUAAAGAUUUGUCCUGUCCUUUUAAAAAGUCAUAAAACUCUGGAUCAUUUUCUUGCAAAGUUGAAGCUAGAGAUUGUUUUUCGGAUCUCCCAGAAGAUUUAAUUAUUACUGGUUUUGGUCUUGCAGCAGAGGGUGGCUUCGAGUUUAUGGUACUCUUCUUCAUUGCAGCAUCAAGCUUUUUGUUAGUAAUUUUCGUAAUACCUUUCAUUUUCUUUGGUUUCAAUUCAACAGAUUUAUUUGACGAUGAUUCAGACUCGCUAUCGCGGUAUACGCCGAAAAAUUCAUCUAUAUUCAUAUCCUUCAACUUUUUCGUUGAUGGUCGCAUGCUGUUGUUGUGAGAGGCCAUGUUGAAAGGAAGUUAUGUAAAAAGUUUCUAAGGAAUCGAAAAUUAAAAAGUGAGAAAUAUAAUUUAUUUUUUCAUAAAACAAAUAUCAAUUUUUUUUAAUUUGAAGAAUUUAAAACAUAU